CUAGUGCUCCCAUGGAACCCAGUUUCUCCCUUCCCACUGAGAAACCCAGUUCUAAACCUGAACAACCUAGUGCUCCCAUGAAACCCAGUUUCUCAUUCCCCACUAGUGCUCCCAUGGAACCCAGUUCCUCCCUCCCCACUGAGAAACCCAGUUCUAAACCUGAACAACCUAGUGCUCCAAUGGACCCCAGUUUCUCAUUCCCCACUAGUGCUCCCAUUGAACCCAGUUUCUCCCUCCCCACUGGGAGACCCAGUUCUAAACCUGAACAACCUAGUGCUCCAAUGGACCCCAGUUUCUCAUUCCUCAGUAGUGCUCACAUGGAACCCAGUUUCUCCCUUCCCACUGAGAAAUCCGGUUCUAAACCUGAACAACCUAGUGGUCCGAUGGAAUCCAGUUUCUCAUUCCCUACUAGUGCUCCCAUGGCACCCAGUUCCUUCCUCCCCACUGAGAAACCCAGUUCUAAACCUGAACAACCUAGUGCUCACAUGGAACCCAGUUUCUCAUUCCCCACUAGUGCUCCCAUUGAACCCAGUUCCUCCCUCCCCACUGAGAAACCCAGCUUUCUCCCCACUGAGAAACCCAGUUCUAAACCUGAACAACCUAGUGCUCACAUGGAACCCAGUUUCUCAUUCCCCACUAGUGCUCCCAUUGAACCCAGUUCCUCCCUCCCCACUGAGAAACCCAGUUCUAAACCUGAACGACCUAGUGCUCCGAUGGAACCCAGUUUCUCAUUCCCUACUAGUGCUCCCAUGGCACCCAGUUCCUUCCUCCCUACUGAGAAACCCAGUUCUAAACCUGAACGACCUAGUGCUCCGAUGGAACCCAGUUUCUCAUUCCCUACUAGUGCUCCCAUGGCACCCAGUUCCUUCCUCCCUACUGAGAAACCCAGUUCUAAACCUGAACAAUCUAGUGCUCCCAUGGAACACAGUUCCUCCCUCCCCACUGAGAAACCCAGUUCUAAACCUGAACAACCUAGUGCUCCAAUGCAACCCAGUUCCUCUUUCCCCACUGAGAAGUUUAGCUUUCUCCCCACUGAGAAACCCAAUUCUACAGCCAAAACAACCUAGUGCUCAUUUGUAGCCAGGUUUUCCUAUACCAUCUUAGAAGUCCAGUAUUAAAUCUGCUAAACUUGGCAUUGUAAUCGAAUCCAUUUCAUCCCUCCCAUCCAAGAUGUUUAGCUCUCUUCCCUCUGAGAAACUGUUAUAAACCUGAGAAAGCUAGUGAUGCUAUACAAUCCAGUUAUUCCGCCUCUCGUUAGAAGUCCAGCAUUAAACCGGUCAAAACAAAUGUUUAAAUGUCUGUCUCUUCCCUCUAAGAACUUGACUUCUAAAUGUAAAAUACUCUGUUCCCUGACUAGUUCUUUUAACCCUUUGAAAAUUCUAGUUUGUAUCUGGAAUCCAGUUUUCCCCCUGUUCACACAAGUGUUGAUUCUGGAAGAACAAACCACUCAUGUGUUCGUAAUUAAAUUUGUGUUUUUGUGUGUGGCCAUACAAAAUAUCAGAUUGUUUU